GUUGAAUGGAUAAAACAUGAGUGCAGCAUGUUUCGGCCGGAAGGCAUAGAAGACACUGGAAUCCCGGGGAGAGCGGCAGCGAUGAGGAAUUUCUCCCGAAUCAGAGACAGACUGUUCUACGCUCUCUUCCACAAACUGUCCCACACUUACGCCAAAGUGUUCCCCCCUGCAGUCAGGCGAUGCUUCGAGUUCAUUGUCUUCAUCAAGGCCGUUUGUGCCAUUAUGUUUCUGAUCUACAUGCACACAGUCUUUUCAAACUCUCCCCUGAGCUGUUUGGAGCCAGUACAGAACAACUGGCCCAGACAUGACGCCAUCCUCAGAAUAGAAGUGGUAUCCAAUCUCAGCUUCUCGCCCCAACUGGUCAACGCUCUCUCGGCAGAAGCGCACGAGCGGGACAUACAAAUAGGAGGACUGGGUAGAAAUACGCGCGGAAAUGGCGACUGGAAAUUGGAAAAUGCAGACUUUGAGUUCGGAAAUGUAUCGGAAUGUCCGAAUAUCAACUUCUACAGAAGAAAAGCUGCUAGUAAUGUAGCUCAACUUGUAUGA